AUGUUUGAAAUAUCUAAACGCUUAGAACAAGCCAACCAAGCUGCAAAUCCACAAGAACAUUUGGAAGAGGAGCAUGUGAAAGCUGGUCGCAACGCUGAAGUAUCAUUUGUGUCCGAUCUGCGUUUGAAGAGCGGGCUUGACAAAUCAAAUUUGUUUUGCUGCUUAAGGAUUCCAGACAGAUAUAAAGCACGGAAACGAGAAAUCGAUGUAGUGGUUCUAACCGCAGAUGGAAUAUUUUGUAUUGAGGUGAAAUAUUGGUCCGGCACUAUAACGAGAAGUGAAGACGGCUCAAAAUGGAUCCAGACGAGAACGAAGCAGAUCGCGACAAACUCCUUCACUACUAACCAAAUUGAACACAAAAAUAGCGCUACAGAGACUGAAGCUAAGGCUCGUCUUCUGAGAGAUUAUUUAAGUAGAAAAGAGGUUUACGUUGCAGAGAAUUUGUUCCACAGCCGAGUCGUUUUCUGUAACGGAAACGCUGAGCUAGAUGAACAAAUAGCAAACAAUAGCGUUGUAGUUAAACCGAGUGCCGAUCAUGACAAAUUCAUUGAAAGCUUUAGUCGCGGCUUCUUACAAAGUUUGUCAGAAUCAGUCGUGCCAUCCUGGAUUUCAGGAAAACUGUCCCAUUCACAGAUGCAUCAGAUCAGAAAUGUUCUGUCCACGACAGGAACUUGGGAUAUAAUUCAUUUGAACGGAGGGAGACAGCUUUACGGGGAUUUGAAAGAAUGCGCGGAGGUUUCUCUCGAUCGGAGGAAGUGUGAGGCGUUAGUGUUUUCGCAUCAGAGAAGUCGUGUGUUGGGCAUGACGUGGGCUUUAUUUGGCUACAGUCCACAAGUCUAUGUAUCCUUGAUCGAGCGGGGUGGAAGCGGAUUGUUGUGGAACUCCUAUUGUGCCACCUUGAAAAUACCGCACAACACUGAUGUUAUUUUCCGAAUUUGCGGAGAUGAAGUAGAUUCAAAGAUCCCAGCCAACGAGAUUGAAAGGAUAUCUAUCAGCAUCUGA